CGAGGCAUUAACAUCUCUCUCUCUCUCUCUCUCUCAUUCGACAUCAUUGAGAUUAUAUUAACGUAACGUAAAUUGGUCACUCAUAACAUUUUAGAAUUUCAUGUUUGAUAUUUCUUAGAAUUUAUUUAGUUUCUUUUGUGGAAUCUGAACAGACAUUAUUUCGUAGCGGCGCCUGGUUUUUGUGAAAUUGUGUAAGACAAGACUGCAGCAGAGAAAGAAGUUGGUAUACCAAGAAAAUGCCUGUUGAAAAAUCUGACUCAGGAAAUGCUGCAAAUCAGCCAUCAUGCAGUGGCCAGACUUUGAAUGGCCAGUCUGAUUCACAUUCCAAAAACAGAGUGGUGACGGAAAUUAAUGGCAGCAAUGGUCACCAAAACUCCCAUGACUGUAUUCCACUAUUUUUCCUUACAGCAAUGCCAUGGUUUGGAAUGGACAUUGGAGGAACCUUGACGAAACUCGUGUAUUUUGAACCUACGGAUUUAAGUGAGGCUGAAGAAGAGAGUGAAGUGGAGACAGUGAAGAACAUUCGAAAGUAUUUGAAAAGUAACUCGGCUUAUGGAGAUGCUGGCCAUAGAGACGCACAUCUUCAGAUGGAGAAAGUUCGUGUGGGCAACCACACUGGCACCCUGCAUUUCAUUCGAUUUCCUACCUCCGAGAUGCCACAGUUUCUAGAGCUGUCCAAGAGCAAAGGAAUGGCUACUUUGGCAUCAACCAUUUGUGCCACUGGCGGUGGAGCGUACAAAUUUGAAAAAGAUUUUCAACGCGUGGGUAUUAAAGUUAAUUCUCACCACUCCUGCCAUCCUGCAGCUGACGGGCAACCUCCUUGUGAAGUGAACCUAACGUUGCACAAAUUUGAUGAACUGGACUGCUUGAUACGAGGUAUUGAGUAUAUAGAGGAUAACAAUAUGGACAGGGAAUGUUAUUACUUCAUUAAUCCCCGGAAUGAAGAAACCUGCCAAAAAAUCAUGUAUGAUUUUAGUGACCCUUAUCCUUUUUUGGUUGUUAACAUUGGCUCAGGAGUUAGCAUCCUAGCUGUGGAUGGUCCUGAUAAUUACAGAAGAGUUUCUGGUACCAGUUUGGGAGGUGGUACAUUUUUGGGGCUAUGCUGCCUCCUCACAGGGUGCAAGACUUUUGAAGAAGCCAUCGAAUUAGCAGCUGUAGGCAACAAUGAAAAUGUAGAUAAAUUAGUGAGGGACAUUUAUGGUGGUGAUUAUUCAAGAUUUGGACUCAGUGGCAGCGUUGUUGCUAGCAGUUUUGGCCAUAUGAACAGUGCCGAGAAGAGAGCGAAGGUUUCCCGAGAGGAUCUUGCUUGUGCAACUUUAGUAACAAUAACAAACAAUAUUGGCUCGAUAGCUCGUAUGGUUGCUGCAAAUGAAAAAAUAGAAAAGGUCUUGUUCGUUGGAAACUUCCUGCGUGUGAAUCCUAUCUCGAUGAAGCUGCUUGCAUAUGCAAUGGACUUCUGGUCUGGGGGGCAACUGAAGGCUAUUUUCCUAGAACAUGAGGGCUAUUUUGGUGCUGUUGGAUGUAUGCUGGAGUUGAUGCGAACAGGAGACACGAUAUCUUCAUAGCAUUUAAUUUUAGGAGUUAAUUUAUUAAAGAUAGGUCCAGUUGUAUAUGAAUACCUAUAAAAGUUUUUUUUAGAUAGUUUUAUUAUUUUCUACAGUGCAUUAUAAGUACAUUAUACUUGAAGUUUUGUUAUUCUUCUCUAAUGAUCAAAGUGAGAGUUAUUUGUUUUUGGUGUAAAUGUUUAUUUUGUUAUUUACAAAUGAAGCACAAAGUAUUUACCAAAAAGAGAGAAGUAGGAGCUCCUUAUUUUUGGUGUAAAUGUGUUUUUAUAGUACAGUAAUCACUCCUAACUCUAGCACAAAUAAUCCUUAGAGCAGCAAACAGUAGUUUAUUUCUAAUGUAAUGUAUCUUUAGUUAUUAAUAGCACAGAUGACUUUUGAGUAUAUUUUAAUAUUUUCGGUAGCAUAUUUUUCUAUGAAUUUUCAGUGUGUUUUGUAAGAUUCAAGUUCAGGUUCAGUUUGAAUACUUUGAGGUACGGUGUGGCCGUUUGCUUAUUCCUGGUCAUAACGCAUGGGAACGUGUGUGUUUGUGGGGAAAUACGUGCCUUCUCGUGGAGCAGAUGGAUCGUUGUCUUGGAUGCCAAAAUCCAUAGUGUAUUAUAUGAUAGAAAAUACUCCUAAUCCCAGGACUUGGAUACAUGUUGUCAAAUUAUAUUUGUUACUGAAUACUGUACUUUAUAAACAUUAUUUUGCUUGUUUUACAAAGAGUUUAUUUAUUAUACAUAUCCAUAUCUAGCAUGGUUACAAUGCAAUCAAACUAUUCUCUUAUGAAAUUAAGAAACCCAGGGAAAAAAUAAAACAUUUUUAAAGAAAA